AUGCACCGCCCGAAGUAUCUGACCUUUGCCGCCGCAGUGGCAGUGGCAUUCGCACCGUACCGUACGCUGGCUGCGUGCUCCAGUUGGUCGUCACUGUACCAGGCGGAGCUGGAAGGCGUCUGCGUCUGCAACGAAACGCAGUGCGAUUCGGUCUCCAACGCUUAUCUGGAGCUCACUGAAGGACAGGUGGGCAUCUACACUACGUCUCAGGCUGGAGCACGACUCGAGUACAAGCAGGACAAGGUUGAUGAGACCCCGGAUGACAGCCCCACCCUCUCCAUCGAUGUCUCGACCCAGUACCAGAGUAUCAUCGGAUUCGGAGCGGCCUUCACGGAUUCAGCGGCCAUCAACGUCUACAAGCUCUCGCCCAAGCUGCAAAAGGUCCUUCUGGACCAGUAUUUCUCGGAAAAGGGGCUGCAGUACACCCUCGGCCGAGUAUCGAUAGGGUCCAACGACUUUUCCACGAGCAUCUACUCGUACAACGAUGUGGAGGGCGACCUUGCCAUGGAAAACUUCUCGAUCGAUGUGGAUAAAGCUCCAAACUCGCACAAAAUUGAGCUCAUUAAGCGCGUACUGAAGAUGACCUCGCGCGAUAUCAAACUCUUUGCGUCCUCGUGGGCGCCCCCCGCGUGGAUGACGAAGGAGAACUCAACUAUUAAUUGCCACAUGAAGGGCGAACCAGGCGACGAGAACUGGAGGGCGUUGGCGCUGUACUAUUCCAAGUUCUUUGAUGCGUACAAGGAGGAAGGGAUCGACUUUUGGGCCAUGACUGUCCAGAACGAGCCCGAGAAGCCCCUGCUCGCGUUUGCCAAGUGGCAGACGCUGCGUAUUACCCCCGAAGAAGAACGAGACUUCAUCAAACUGGACCUUGGGCCGAUGAUGGCCAAGAACCACCCGGAUUUGAAGAUUAUCGCCAAUGACGACCAAAAGCCGAGCAUCCUCACUCGCCUAGCGCCGCUGGAGGACCCCGACUCGCUUCAAUACAUUAGCGGAGUCGCCGUACACUGGUAUCGCAACGUGGACUUCGUGCUGUGGAUGGGUGGACACUUCGACGACCUGCUGGAAUUCCACGACUUGUACCCGGACCUGUUCAUCCUCCCGACUGAAGCGUGUGAAGGAUACAUGCCGAAUCCUUUGGGUACCGGUAAAGGGCCUUCGCUCAGAGACGCCGACAAAAGCUGGAAGCGUGGAGAGAACUACGGCCGCGACAUCAUCGGAGACUUGAACAGCUACGCGGCCGGGUGGACGGACUGGAACAUGGUGCUGGACACCAACGGCGGACCAAACUGGUCCAAGAACUUCGUGGACUCCCCAGUUCUUGUGGACGCCAAGAACGGCGCCGAGUUCUACAAGCAGCCCAUGUUCUACUUUAUGGGGCACUUCUCCAAGUUCAUCCCCGCGGGCUCUCGCCGCGUCAAGCUGUCCCUGUCGGAGGACGCGGACAGCGACUUGAAGUCGUGCGCGUUCGUGACCCCGCAGAACCAGGUUGUCGUGCAAUUCUUGAAUCUCGAGCGCUCAGAGGAGACUGUGAGUGUAGAGCAGCCAGAUGCCAACACCUUCACGGUCACAGUGCCAGCGCACGCCAUGGUGACGGUGGUCCUACCGCCGUCCAAGAGCACCACCGUCCUCAAGCCAACUUCAACGUAA